AUGUCGGGGCAGACAAGAAGCAGGGGACCAGGCGCAGAUAUUCGAAGCCUUUCAACGACCGAGGAGUCGAGGAAGAGAGGUCAUCAUCCCAAGGAACCCACGGCAGCAACCGAACAGGCCGCAGCACCCUGCUCACAGCCGAGGAUGAAUGCCCAAGUUAACCAAGAUCAGAGAACAGGGCAGGCAGCCAGUUCAGGAGGCUGGGAGCGCUCUUGGUCCAGAUCGCAUCCCCAACAGCAGUGGAAGCCAACAGGUACCGUCUACCCGAUUGAUAUGAGGACAGUGAGGCCUAGGGACAAAACACGGGAUGAUCUGAGGGGAAGGCCUGCCGAUCCUAAGAUCCCAGCUUCACUGAAUAAGUUUGCUCCCUUGGCCGAGGAGACCGGACCCGACUCGAUUGAGACUACGAUGGUCUCGGCGGUGGACCACCAGAGCCUUGCGGAAGAUAUUCUUGCGGCCGUCCUGCCGCUGAUCUUGGCAGCCAUUCCCAGGAGUGUUCCUAUUGAGCAGCCUACCCCCUUUGUCAACGCAGAUAAAAGACAUAGAAGUAGAAGUCGCGACCCGCUGAUCCAAAGGGAGACAGAUCAGAACGAGGAAAUUGUUGUUGAGGCUGACCCGCAGGAAGACAAAGGGCCUGAACCGAUGGGUAUUGUGGAACAACAAGCCCAACCUGAUAUAACGGGCAAGGAGGACAUUGGGAACAAAAAGAAACAAAAGAAGCAACCGAGGGCAGCUAAGGAAACCCAGGCACCGACCGUUGUUGAUGUAGAGAGAAGAGAGGCGCAAAAUGAAGAGACCAGCCACCCUGCGGAAGAGACAAAGGAUACCGAGGCCCAACCCACCGAUACCAGAGCCCGACAUAGUCGACCCGAUACCCGACUGAGUGGUGCCGAUAGGGACGGAGAACCUGGCAGUACACAUAGACACCCACUUUGGGAAUCGUUAGUUGAGCAUGUGAUGCAGGAUGAGCCGACACUUGUUAGUGGUGACUUCAACAACGUGCUCGCUGAGGAUGAAAGAGUGGGAGGAUCUGUACCCACCGAAUAUGAGAUUAAGAAUAUGGUGGACACGUGUGCCUUGCUCGGUUUGGAGGAUAUUAUGGCAACGGGAUGCAAAUAA